CAGAAGCAGGCCCAGAGAGGGAGCCCCGCGCGGACUCAUUCCAUGAUGUCCCUGUCGGUGCGGCCGCAGCGCCGCCUGCUCAGCGCCCGGGUCAGUAGGAGCCAGUCCUUCGCAGGCGUCCUCGGCAGCCACGAGCGGGGGCCCAGGAGCUUCCCGGCCUUCAGUCCCCCGGGGCCCCCACGGAAGCCCCCAGCGCUCUCCCGAGUCUCCAGGAUGUUUUCCGUGGCGCACCCAGCCCCUAAGGUCCCGCAGCCGGAGCGGCUGGACCUAGUGUACACUGCGCUCAAGCAGGGCCUGACGGCCUAUUUGGAAGUGCACCAGCAGGAGCAGGAGAAACUCCAGGGACAGAUUAGGGAGUCCAAGAGGAAUUCCCGCCUGGGCUUCCUGUACGACUUGGACAAGCAAGUCAAGUCCAUUGAACGCUUCCUGCGACGGUUGGAGUUCCAUGCCAGCAAGAUUGACGAGCUAUAUGAGGCAUACUGUGUCCAGCGACGUCUCCGGGAUGGUGCCUACAACAUGGUCCGUGCCUACAGCACUGGGUCUCCGGGGAGCCGCGAGGCCCGGGACAGCCUGGCUGAAGCCACUCGAGGGCAUCGCGAGUACACAGAGAGCAUGUGUCUGCUGGAGAGUGAGCUAGAGGCACAGCUGGGCGAGUUCCAUCUCCGGAUGAAAGGGCUGGCUGGCUUCGCCAGGCUGUGUGUGGGCGAUCAGUAUGAGAUCUGCAUGAAAUAUGGGCGGCAGCGCUGGAAACUACGGGGCCGAAUUGAGGGUAGCGGAAAGCAGGUGUGGGACAGUGAGGAAACCGUCUUUCUUCCUCUGCUCACGGAAUUCCUGUCCAUCAAGGUAACAGAACUGAAGGGUCUGGCCAACCACGUGGUUGUAGGCAGUGUCUCCUGUGAGACCAAGGACCUGUUUGCUGCCCUGCCCCAAGUUGUGGCUGUGGACAUCAAUGACCUUGGCACCAUCAAGCUCAGCUUGGAAGUCACAUGGAGCCCCUUCGACAAGGAUGACCAGCCCUCAACUGCUUCCACUGUCAAUAAGGCCUCCACAGUCACCAAGCGCUUCUCCACCUAUAGCCAGAGCCCACCAGACACACCCUCACUUCGGGAACAGGCCUUUUACAAUAUGCUGAGGCGGCAGGAGGAGCUAGAGAAUGGGACAGCAUGGUCCCUAUCAUCUGAAUCUUCAGACGACUCAUCCAGCCCCCAGCUUUCAGGCACUGCCCGCCACUCUUCAGCCCCCAGGCCUCUGGUGCAGCAGCCUGAACCUCUGCCCCUUCAAGUCGCCUUCCGUAGGCCUGAGACCCCCACCUCUAGGCCCAUGGAUGAAGAGGGCGCCAUGGCCCCAGCCCUGGCCAAUGGGCAUGCCCCCUACAGCCGGACUCUGAGCCACAUCAGUGAGGCCAGUGUGGACGCUGCCUUGGCUGAGGCUUCAGUGGAGGCUCUGGGUCUAGAAAAUCUAGCUCGGGGACCUAGCCUGCCUGCACACCCAGAUCCCACCCAUGGGGAGCAACCUGGUCCUGUUCCUUCUGCUGUGGACCCUUGCCAUUCUGCCAUAAGCCCCACCCUCAGUACAACAGGCCCUGCCCACACAUCUACAGAUCCUGCCCUGUCUGCACAUCUAGACUUGGUUCACAAGGUCACAGACUCUAGCUCUUCCCAACUGCCAGGCCCCACCCACACCACUACAGGCUCGACCUAUAAUGCCAUUAGCCCUAGCCACAGUGCUCCAAGCGCCACUCACACUACCACAGGUUCCACCCACAAGCCCACGGUCUCUACCCCCUCGACUACAGGUCCUACCCCCAAUACUACAGGCCCUGUCCAGACCAUCACAAGCCCUGUCCACACUGCUGCAAGCCUGACCCAUACUACUGCAAGCCCCACCCAUACCACUACAAGCCCCACCCAUGCCACUACAAGCCCCACCCACACUACCACAAGCCCCCCCCACACUACCACAAGCCCCCCCAAUACCAUUGCAUGCACCCCCCAUACCACUACAAGCCCUACUCACAAAACCACCAGGAUCCCCACUGAUCCUGUCACAAGCCCCACUCUACUAACUGUAAGCUCUUCUACUUGCCUAGACCAUGCCGUGCUUCCCAGCCCCUCUACAAACACAGACCCCGCCCUCCCAGUUACCCACACCCUGUCCUGCAGCUACCCAGCCUCCACUCCUUGCACUCAGGCAGACCCUACAGCCCCCCGUACCUCCUACCCAGGUGCCGCCUCAUCCAGUUGGGAACCCCGCACAGGUCCUUCCCCAGAGCCCAUCCUUUGGAGCCCAAGUCCCCCUCCCUCACCUCUAGCCCCUGUGCCCCAGCAUUUAGACCUUAGCCCGGCCGUGGCCACCCGGGCCCCAGUUCCAGGGGCAACUGGAGGGGCUGGGGAUAGGAGGCUAGAAGAGGCCCUGGGGGCCCUAAUGGCUGCUCUGGAUGACUAUCGUGGCCAGUUCCCUGAGCUGCAGGGCCUGGAGCAGGAGGUGACCCGGCUGGAGAGUCUGCUCAUGCAGAGACAAGGCCUGACUCGCAGCCGGGCCUCCAGCCUUAGUAUCACUGUGGAACAUGCCCUGGAGAGCUUCAGCUUCCUCAACGAGGAUGAAGAUGAAGACAUGGAUGGUCCUGGAGACAGGCCCCCAAACAGCCUGGAGCCUGGGGCUGAGGACAGCCUCGACUUACCCAGUGCCCGCCCCCUCAGCACGGAGUGUCCAGCUCUGGACGCUGCCUUGGUCCAGCACCUGUACCACUGCAGCCGCCUCCUGCUGAAACUGGGCACAUUUGGGCCCCUGCGCUGCCAGGAGGCAUGGGCCCUGGAGCGGCUGCUGAGGGAGGCCAGAGUGCUGGAGGCCGUAUGCGAGCUUAGCAGGCGAUGGGAAAUCCCUGCCACCUCUGCACAGGAAGUGGUGCAGUUCUCAGCCUCCCGGCCCGGCUUCCUGACCUUCUGGGACCAGUGCACAGAGGGACUCAGCCCCUUCAUCUGCCCUGUGGAGCGAGUGCUCCUCACCUUCUGCAAUCAGUACAGUGCCCGUCUCUCCCUGCGCCAGCCAGGCCUAGCUGAGGCUGUGUGUGUCAAGUUCCUGGAGGAUGCCCUGGGGCAGAAGCUGCCCAGGAGGCCCCACCCAGGCCCGGGAGAGCAGUUCACGGUCUUCCAGUUCUGGAGUUACGUCGAAGCCUUGGAUAGCCCCUCCAUGGAGGCCUAUGUGACUGAAACCGCUGAGGAGGUGUUACUGGUGCGGAAUUUGAACUCAGAUGACCAAGCUGUUGUGCUGAAGGCCCUGAGGUUGGCGCCCGAGGGGCGGCUGCGAAAGGAUGGGCUUCGGGCCCUCAGCUCCCUGCUGGUCCAUGGCAACAACAAGGUCAUGGCUGCUGUCAGCACCCAGCUCCGGAGCCUGUCACUGGGCCCUGUCUUUCGGGAACGGGCCCUGCUCUGCUUCCUGGACCAGCUCGAGGAUGAGGAUGUACAGACGAGAGUGGCUGGCUGCCUGGCCCUGGGCUGCAUCAAGGCUCCUGAGGGCAUUGAGCCCCUGGUGUACCUGUGCCAAACGGACACAGAAGCUGUGAGGGAAGCUGCUCGGCAGAGCCUGCAACAGUGUGGGGAAGAGGGGCAGUCUGCCCAUCGACGGCUGGAGGAAUCACUGGACGCCCUGCCCCACAUCUUUGGGCCUGGCAGCAUGGCCAGCACGGCAUUCUAAAUUCCCUCCCCGCUGGCUCCCAGUGCCCCUUCCCCCUCACUUUCAGGGCUUAUCAGGCACUGGCAGGGAGGGUGAGGGCUGGCUCCAGACACCUCUCCCCCACAGAUUCCCAUCAGUGAAAAUCUAAUAUAUUCUUCCGUUGCCCUUGGGUUGGUAGUCAGUGCCUGCAGUCAAGUGCCUCCCAGCCUCGGCUCAGCACACUUGCCACAAAUCAGUGUCCUACCACAUCCCUUGGUUUUAUAUUUUAUUUACAGAGUUUUACAGAAAAUAAAAAAGCAAAAUGCCUUUCCUACA